ACUUCAAUGUCUGUUUCAGUCUCGUUGUGAUCGUGGCAUGGUGCGCUUCGUUGAAGUAGAAUAAAUCUCAAUAUGAUCGCACCCGCUUUAUAUAGCUUAACACGCGCGGCGCGUAACACUGUCGUACAAAUACAAAAAGCAGUGCGCCGUCAUUUAACCGCUUCGGUUGAGGAUGGAAAAUAUGUUUUAGUGCCACGCGAUGGAGCGAGUAAAUCGCCGCCGGUUAAGACAACUAUGAAAUUUCCCAGUGUUUGGCUGCGUGACAAUUGUUAUUGUGAAAAAUGUUUCCAUCAAAGUUCGAAGUCGCGUCGCAUUGAUUGGGAUUACUUCGAUACGGAGGUGCUAGCGCUCGAUGUGCAGUUUGACACAGUCACCGAGCAAGUUGUGAUCAAGUGGAGUGAUCAGCACACGUCUACAUACGAUCUCAAGUGGCUGAGUGAACGUGAAUUCAGUGAUGAGCGUAGACAAAAAUAUUUGAAUAGUUUUUAUCGGCCGAAGCCCAAACACUGGGCUGGGCAGCAGCUGAAAGAGAUAAUGGAAACUUUCCAAUAUCAAGAUGUAAUGCGGAGCGAUGAUGCUCUCCGACGCUGGCUCGAGACACUGGCCGUCCGCGGUGUUGCCAUUAUCGAAGAUGCCCCCCUCGAACAAACAGUGGUGAGACAACUAGCCGACCGCGUGGGUUUCAUACGACGCACAACCUACGGCGAGGAGUUCAUUGUACAAGCGAAGCCAGGCGCUAAGAAUUACGCCUACCUCUCCGAUCCGCUACCGCUACACACCGACCUGCCCUACUAUGAAUACAAGCCAAGCGUAAAUAUCCUACACUGUUUGGUGCAAUCACAGUCGGAAGGUGGCAGUAAUCUCUUGGUUGACGGCUUCCACAUAGCCGAUCGCUUACAGGCCGAGCACCCAGCGGAUUAUCGCAUAUUAACAGAGACGCUGGUCGAUUGGAAUGAUAUUGGCAGUGAGGAUGGGCGGAGUUUUCACAAUAUCUGGCGAGCGCCGGUUAUAUGUUUAGACAGUGACGGAAAUUACACGCGUAUAAAUCACAGCAUUCCCCAACGCGACAGCCAUUUCUCCGUUCCACUAUCCACCGUCCUGCCCUGGUAUCGAGCCUACGCCAAGUUUGUGCGUUUGGCGCGCUGCGACGCUUUUGCAUUUAAAACGAAACCCGGCGACGUUUUGACUUUCAAUAAUAUUCGCCUGCUGCACGGUCGCACCGGGUACGAUGACUCCGAACAGAAUGUGCGGUAUAUUGUGGGCGCCUACCUCGACUGGGACAUCAUCUAUUCGAAGCUGAGAGUGUUGAAGAGCGCACAGCCGGGCAGCGGUGGUGGUUGCGACGCGGCAGAGUAAUACGAGUGUAUGCCACUCAACGCCACUGGAGGCCUAUGUUGCACCAGCUGGUUGCACAACCACAACAUCGACGACCGACGACAGCAACAAUUGGCACACUGGCGUUUGGGGAUAGGAUGUGGCAAGUUGCGGGCAACAACCGGCGCAGCAGCAGGCAGCAACAUUACAGCUGCAGCAACAGGAAGAGCAACCAACAACACAGCUUCCGUUUCGUUGCUCAGCGACAUUUUGUGGUGCAAUGUUUUCUAUUAUAAAUUCUUCUCCUGUUUUAUUUUCUUCCGCCGCCAACAUAGGCUUCAUUAUUUUUCGACUCCUCUUUGGCCUUACAUUCGUGGUUUUUUAUUUGCUCUUGCUUCGUUAUUGUGUUUGCAUGUCUUUUAGAUUUUUUAUUGAUUUUUAAUAAAGUGGCGCUCGACUCAGCGGGCGUCCGGAUAUUGUGGUGUCAUUAAAGGGGAUAAUUCGCUCGCUUUCACACUUGAUUCAUUGAAUAAUGCGAAGCAUUUAAGGGAUUUGAAGAUGAGUGAAUGCAUAUUAAAUAAUAUUCCUUGUAAUUAGAUCACUUUAAUUGUGUAUGUAAUAAUUUUA